CUUGUAUUUAUUUAUGAAUAUUUUUCAGCAAUUGUUCACAAAGUAACUCCACGCUCCUUAUAACUAUCAUUCCUAGCCGUUCAAAAAUAGGACUAACAGUGGUGUCAGAUGCACCCCGUCGGCCAUAAUGGACGAGACAAAGUUGAUGAUCCAUUCAUUACAAAAUGAGCAGAAAGAAAAUAUUUCAAGAAGAUACUGCAUGGUUUUCUUCCAGUGUUUCACAGAAAUUUAAGAAUAUUUGGAAAAAAAAUGGUGGGCAAAGGGCUCCAUUGGAUUCAGCCAUGUUUGUUUUCAGCCAAGAUUUCAAUGCACCAGACACACUACAAAUCUUCACAAGUGAGGCCUACUUGAGUGAACACUUGGCUGUCCUACACCCAAUGUUUAUAUCUGACAGUGAUUCCAGAGGUUCCAAGUCUGUCCUUAUGGACUAUAAGCUCCCUCCAGAGGAAGUGUACAAAGCAACAAGAGAGAAAGGGGUUUACAAAUGGGACAGUAAUUCAACCUUGAAGGAAGAUGAACAGCAGAGUAGGACAGGCAGACAGACACGCAGUAGGGGAAAGGUAACUCAGACUGAAAAUGAGGAUGUAGCUGCAUCAGGCAAGCCUAAAGCCAGAAAAUUGACCACAGAAAAUAGCCACCCAAAUCAGAUGACCAGAGAAAAGACAACAGAAAAGAAAGAAGCGGAAGAUGCCGGUACGAAAGACACAGGUUUAGAACAUAUGUGCCAUAUUGAUGAUAUUCCUAAAAUAACUGGAGUACUGGAAGAAUUUAUUCCUGGACAAAACGGUUGUGAAGUAUUCAGAAAGUAAACAGCUCAUAAAAAAAAUUCAAUGGGUUUCACAGUCUAAAAAGAAAGUAAUGACACCUGCAAGAGGAGAAGUAAAUUUAAGCCUUGUGGUAAGCAGAUAAAUGCUGUUAUACUGAACAUGUUUGUGUGUGAAAAUAUUUGAGGACAAGCCUGAUAAUUGUUUUUGCUGGAGAAUUUAAAGGAGAGAGUUGCUGAACUGGAACUAAUGAUUUUGAUUAGUCAUAGUGACAUUGGAAUUGUGGAUUUGGACUUCAUAUACCUUACCUUGAAAUAAUAUUUUUUUAUUGUUUAAUGAUAAUCUAUAGAUCUGAUAAUUAAUUUAUCUUGAGAGAGUAUUUUGAUAAUGAGAGCUUUAAAGAUUUACUUGUCAUGCUAUUAUUUUUCAUUAUUAAUUUUAGAAAAAUCAAAUAAAAAAAUAAAUUUAUAAAUAGGAUAAAAAUCAUCACACAGCAGUGGAUAACAACAGUUUUAUUGAACAUGAAGUAACACAUAUUUCAAACAUUUUCCUUGUAAAAAUGACAUGGUCUUUUUUUUUUUCACUAAUUUCAUUUCAAGAUUGAUUGCAUAGAGAAAAGUAAAGAACAUUUUGUAAAAAAGUGUAUAUAGCACAUUUUGUAAUAU